AUGUUCGCCAGAGACGAGGAGAUGAGCGUGCUGGAUGACAAGAUCCUAGAUACCGGUGCUCAGGAUAUGUCUUUAGACAGCUCACGGCGGCCUUCCUUUGACCAGACUACCGAUGAGUUCUCGCGAAGAGAGUCAGUAUGGUCAGACAUGGCUCAACACCAAACCGAUGCACAGUCACGGCAUCCAUCGCAACUAUCAACACCGCUCUUCGAGGCCGUCAGCAAUCCUUUCGUACGGCUCGACGCACACAGCGGAGCCUUUGCCCAGCAACAACAGCAGCAGCACCAGCAUCACCAGCAUCUGCCCCAGAACCAGAGCCAGCAGCAGGCUUGGCCGGUUUCCACCGACUCCGGCUCAUGUACCCCUACACCCAUCUUUGAACACUUCCCUCCAGAGUUUGAGAGUGCGGUCGCCAACCCAUUUACUGGCGGUGCUGUUGGCCAGGUACAGCCGAUGUCUUACCAACAGAUGCAAUUCAGAGCCUCUCCGCCAUUUGCUGCACCUAACUCUAUCCCAAUGUCCCCGCAGUCCAGCCAGGGUUGGGUGUCGGGCUCAUCCGAGAUACCAGAGGCCCAGCCAAGACCAGUAAGGACCUCCGGCGGAUAUCGAAACAGUGCAGCCAGCCUUACCAUUAGACGGGACGGAAUUCGCAAGAAAAAUGCCCGUUUCGAUAUACCUGCAGAGCGAACGCUGAGCAAUAUUGAUCUACUGAUCAGCCAGUCCAAUGAUGAGGAUGAGAUCAAGGAACUCAAACAGCAGAAACGUCUUCUUAGAAAUCGACAAGCGGCACUUGAUUCUCGGCAGCGAAAGAAAGUUCACACCGAACAGUUAGAGGAGGAUAAAAGACGGUCCUCUACUCAUAUUAAUGAGCUCCAGGAGGCGCUUCAGGAGAUGAAACUUCGAGAAGCGGAACUCAUCAGAGAGAAGAAUGAAUUACUUGAACGUCAGCAACAGUUACAUCAAUUUGUUGAACAACUACACAUGGAAAAGGAAGAGUUGAUCCGCUCCCACACUCUUGAGACCGGCGAACUUCGCAAAAAGAACACCAUUCUCCGAGAGCACCUCGAGCGAAUGGAAGUGAACUCUACCAACCCAACUGCCCCUGGCCCUAUACGUAACGAAUUCUCUGAUUACGGUGGUCUUAAUGUGGACAAUCCUUCAUGGGAUUCGUUCUCCCUCGCUGAUGAGUUUAACCUCGACUCUGAGCAACGUCCGCUCCCACGCAGCCCUACUCCUACGCCUGCUCGCCACCCUUUCUCCCUAGACUUUAACCCCAAGAAGGCAGAGAAACAAGCAGAGAAACCGUUGACCCAGUCCGACUCUGCCUUCAGCUGGAAUGCAUUCUACAUGUGCUUGCUAUUCGGCGCCUUCAUUGCCUCCAACAGCACCUCCACUUCGCAACCUGCCAUCCCUGCCCUAUCCGAAGAAUAUCGCGCAGAGUCGGCAAAUGUCUUGCGUGCAGUUCUGGCUUCUGCGUCCCCUGAUGGAAGCUCAGCUAGCUUCAUUGGCCCUUCAUCCGGUUCCAGUGAUUUGCUCCCCUCUACUAUCAGCAGCAGCCAAAUGGCCCAGAUCUCUUCCGGCCCAGCUGGUAGCGCUACCGCCAACCUUGACGCUUUGCACAACAACCUCGUUGCACCCACCAAAGAACAGGAGGAUGCCCAGGCCUUUGCAUUGACCACAAAGCAAUACGAAGCACUCACUACGCUGGAGGAUGAGAUGGGUGAGGACCACGUCGCCCCUCCAUCAAAUUUGCAACAAGCCUACGCAGCCAUGCGUAAUAACGGGCUCCAGAACCGCGCCGCCUUCAAAGGGAAUGGAAAUCCAGAUAUCUAUUCGCGAUCACUAAUGUGGGACCGUGUUCCACAGAAGGUACUACAGGACUUCAAUAACAUGGUAAGGGAGUGUGGAAAGACCGUCAAGGCCGAGGAGCCUGGCAGAGAAAUUCGCACUUCUUGA